AUGGCGGAUAGGUUCUCAUUCUCCAGUGGGCAAAGCUCUUUCAAAGUUGCGCCAUAUUAAAAAACACUGGAGUAAUUUCUCAGAUUUUUAAUUAAUUUUAAGAUUAAAAUUCACAUCGAAAAAUUUUUUAUUCGUUACUUUUAUUUUAUUAAAGUGAAAUAAAAAGAUUGUAUACGUGAAUUUGACGAUUUCAGGAAAUAAAUUAUGGGUAAUGGAGAAGACGCGAGUGCCUUUGACGUUUGCGAACCAUAUUGAAAGGCAUUUGGAAAAGUUGUUGUCAAAGAAAGAUAGAGAGAAUCUUUCGGUGAAAAAUGGUAUCGAGAAGGAAGAUUCUAUCUCGAUCGAGGGACAAUCUUGUUGAAUCACAAUAUGAGGAUCAAGAUGAAGAAGAUGUGUGGUAUAAUCUUGAUAAACUUUACAAGGAUCAUAUUCAAGAAGUAUUGGAUAAAUGGAAUCAAAUCGAUGAUGAAAUUUGGGCCAAAGUAAUCGUUUUCGAAAGAAAUCGAAGAGUUGCAAAAGCAUACGCCAGGGCACCAGUUCUCACGAUCAAUGGAUCCAAUGAUGGAUUCGAUGGUUUCAGAAUAGGCUUAUGCGGUUUCGAAAAUCCUAUGAGGGAUUCGAAAACAGAAGAGGCGAAAAAACUCAUAAAUCAAGGAGUAAAGAUCAAAAUGGACGAACAAGGGAAUAUAUUAAUAAAAAGAUUGUGUAAAAAUAAUGUUUAUAUAAAACCAACCAGUCAGGAAGAUAACGCAAUUGGAGCAGAAAUUGCACGGAAUUCUCAAGGGGCGUUAGAGCACGAAAAACCUGGGAAAGUAUUUGAUAUGAGUAAAUUUCAAACAAAUCUUUCUCGAGAAACUCGAAGAGCAUAUCCAGAUAGGAGAAGACUAGAAAUGCAAUGUCUAAGUGCAAUUGUUUUCGUUAGAACUGAAUCAGAUCUUCUUCAAUGUCCUGUUUGGGUUCUCAUUGUAAAUGUUGUCGGUUUAGACAUGUUGAAAUCUAAGUUACCACCAGUUUUAGCAUUACAAAGGCCGGUGGAUAUUAAAAAUCGACCUAGAAUACCAAUUCCUGAUGAAGAUCCAUAUAGUAUAGCAGGAGUUUCAUCUUCAAUUGGAGUUUCUGAAUCAUUUCAACAAGAUCGAGAUAUUCGAGAUCAGAUCUAUAUUCAAUCAACGAAUAGUAGACACAAAAGAACUGAAAAACCUCCAAAAUUGCCACCAAGAGAAAAUCUUUAUGGUCAUGAUAUACCUAAACCUGAUUAUGAUGACAUAGAAGAUGACUAUGCCAGAAAAUCUAUAAUAACAAAUGAAGACAAGAGAAAUAAACACGAUGAUAAAAAGAAAUAUGACGAUCCGUAUUAUUGCGGAUUGAGAGCUCGCGUUCCUAAUUUUGUAAAGAUGGCAAAAAGUAAUAAAAUCUCAUCUAGAGGAUACAGACCUACGCAAGUAUCUGUGUAUACUGGUACAGGAUAUGCUAAUAGCCAAUCUUCUCAAAUUUACGGCCAUUUAGGAAAUAGACCACCAAUUAUGUAUCACGCACGAAGUUUCGAAAGUGGACUUGAUUCAGAUAGUAGAAAUGAGUCACCAUAUAAUCAUAUAUAUGGAAGAUUUCCUAUACCAACCAGAGGUGUAAUUCCUCCUACACCUAGAGCAAUGUAUAUUGGAGAAUGGGAUUAAAAAUAAACUUAACAAAAAGAAUGUUAAUAUACAAAAAAAAAAAAAACGAACUAUAAGUUGAAAA